AUGGAAAACAAUUCAUUUUCAAUGUUCAGGUUUCAAGAAGACGACGAUGUUUCAGCCACCGGCUGUCCCGAUUUCACGGUAUCAUCAUGGGAUGUGGGCAUGAAUCCUAUGAUCUCCUAUCCUGGUUUUCCCCAAGCAUCACAAGGAUUAGGUAAUAUUGGAUAUAAUAAUAGUAAUAGUAGUAGCAAAGGUAAACAGCCAAAGCAAUAUCAGGAAGCUGUUAGUGAGGGUGGCACUUCAAAUCAAGAAGCUCAAAAAAAGAAAAUGCACAGAGAUAUCGAGAGGCAAAGGCGGCACGAAAUGUCGACACUCUACGCUUCUCUUCGUUCGGUUCUCCCUCCGCAGUUUCUCAAGGGCAAGAGGUCGAUUUGCGACCAACUUGAUGAGGCGAAGAAGUACAUAGGAUGUGUGCAGGAUAACAUUAGGGAACUUGGAACGAAGAGGGACAACAUAAAGAUAAUGUCCCGAGCCGAUUUACAAGAGUCUGGUCCGGGAGGCUUUAUUAGUAGCCAACUGACUCGGCCCGUUUUUGUUACGGUUCAGCCGUGUUGUGUUGGUGUUGAGGUAUUGAUACGUUGCGAUUCAAUGCCAGAAGGCUUCUCUUUUCCCGUUUCCAAAAUCCUAAAACUGCUGCUUGAAGAAGGGCUUGGCCCCGUCUCUUGCAAUUCGACUAACUGUGACGAGAGUUUGAAUUAUGUGAUCCAAUCCGAGGUGCUGGAUAAUCAUAAUCCCAGUGUUGAUCUUCAGGUGCUGCAAAGAAAGCUGAAUGUUAUGGUGACAAAUUUAAUUGAUAAGAACGUGUGA